AUGGCAAUAUGUCCARACUUAGAAGUUGGGAGUUUAUUUUCAGACUACGUGUUAAACACAUACAUUGAAGAUGAUUCGCUAUUUCCUCCUAUUCUUUGGGCUCAAGUACCGUCAUUAAACCCAAGAACCACCAAUGGAGCAGAAAGUUUUCACAGAACUUAUAAUGGACAAUUUUACAGCACACAUCCUCCUACACAUGCAGUAAUUUCUGUUUUAAAGGAG